AUGCACGUGCUGUCGCCACCACCGCACGUGCGCCGGCCCGGCUCCCCAUCCACGCGAUCCGUCAGCCUCAACAGCAUUGCACCGCCACCACAUCCGCCGGCGUCCCACUCGGCCCACGACGGCGAUGGUGGUGAUGGCGGUGAUCAGCUGAAGGGUGUGGCAGGUGCUGGUACCGGGCAUGGCGGUGAAGAACUGGGAGGCAAGUCGCAGAUCACGGAACACCAACCAACCAAGAUCGGCAAGGACAGGACGGCGGAGCAACGCAAACCCGCUGAGCAAGCAGCGCACCACAUCAGCAGCGACAGCCACCAAGACGGUACACGCGAUGGUGCAGACGGCGGCGACGACGACGCGAGCAGCGGGCGGUUCGACAACGUGUCCACACCAUCGAGCGGACCUGGUGCCGUGGAGAGUGCAGUGUCAUCGGCAUCCCGCCCAGCGUCGCACCGCUCGCCUCGCUCGUCCAUGACCACAUCGCUGAAGAAGACGAAACGGCGGAAGUACAUGCACCGCACCAUCCUCCUUCGUCACACCGGGUUUGCUGUUGAUGGCGAGGCAUUUGGCGUCACCCUCUCCCCAGCGGCAGCCGUCCUGCCGGACGUCAAAUCGGACAUUUCCGCCGGUUUCCACAUUGACGACGUGACAGACCCUUCAGUCGCGUUUGCAUCAGGCCUGCGGCGUGGUGAUGUGCUGCUGAAGAUUGACCACGAGAGCGUUGCCGGCAACUCGUUGCAGGAAGUGUACGAGGCCCUUGGCGACCAUCGCGGCAUCGAGAGCAUUCUCGUGGCGCGCAAGGCCUCCACCCGCCUCUCCUCGUCCUCAUCCAUUACUUCCCCGUCCUACUCAAAAUUGCACACGCCGGAGGAUGUGGCAGAUGCGUUUGAGUCUCCAUCAAGCAACCCGAUGUGGAUGCCUGAUCUUCCGUCCCGCAGCAACAGCAGCGACGCCGGCGUGCCGCAACUCGUGUUUGAUGAGCGUGAGGAGGAAUUGCAGAGGGAACACGCAAACGGCGACAACACCAACACGGCUGUACCAGCAGCAGCCACUGCCGUGUAUGGCGGUGGUUUUGACACUGCUGCAGAUGUUCACGGUGAUGCAACUGGUCACGAUGAAGUUGAAAGUGAAGGUGGCGGUGGUGGUGAUGGUGGUGGAAUCCAGCGCCACCGCAGCUACGACAGCGACGUGGACGACGUUGAUGUUGAACAGCUCCUCGACACCCCGGACACACGGCUGACGGAGGGCAGCACCGCGAUUGCUGCGCCCGAACCGCCGUCGUCACCGACAGCGUCGACAACAACAGCAGCAGGACAGGCGCUGGCACCAGCAGUGGUGGGAGACGUGGAUGGACCGGAAGAAGUCGGUGAUGGGGUCAACGGAGCGCAGAGUGGAACGAGGGAACAGGAUGUGACGGGGGCGCAGGCCGAGAGGGACGGAGAUGUGAAGAGCGAAGAAAAGAUCACAGUGCCUCAUGUGCAGCCAGAAGCAGAAGCAGCAGAGGAAGAAGAGAAAGAAGACCAGGAAGAAGGGGAAGUGAAGGAGGGCGCGCCGGUCGCAGUUGAUGUUGAUGAGUGCGAUGACGAGGCACUAUUUGCAUCCCUGCAGGAUCACGACACCAAGAAAUACAGCACAGGUGCAGAACAGGCGCAGCACGAGCUCUUCCAUGAAGCAGCGUCGCCUUCACGUGGCGAGGACGAGUAUGCGUCCACGACACCUGUAUACACGGAUGAUGAGAGCGAAGAGGAUGAAGAGGAGGGGAUGGACGAUUGGAAUGAGGAUCAUCUUGGCUUCAUAUACGACGCACCGCCACAGAGCACGCCGUCCAACCCCUUGCUCGUCGUCCUCGACAUUGGAGCCACGGAAAUUCGCAUUGGGUUUGCCAGCGAGGAGGAGCCGCGAAAUGUGCUGCCGAGCAUCCUGGCGCGCCCGCUGCUGCUGCACACAGACGACCGCAAUUCGUCCCUCUUCCAGUCGCUGCUGGACGACAAGGUGACGCCGUGGGUGUCGCACGGCCAGGCACAUGCUGUCAACUCGAGUGUAAUCUAUGGCACGAGCCCAGCACGCGCGUCGCUGGAGCAGAUUCUGCACCUGUCGCCACGGACACGUUGCAUCACGUCGCCCCCACCAUCAUCGACGUCUCGACGGCGACAGUCGCUCGGACAGCCGGUGCAGAUGAGGAGGGGCACCCGCGAUGGUGCUCAUGGUGGUGAUGGCGAAGGUGACGGUGAAGGCGGCGGCGGCGCUGUGCAUAAGAAACGCGCAUCGAUGCUGCUCACUGGUGACAGCUUCGAUCACUUUGCAAUGCCGCCACCGCAGCUGCAGCUGGAUGAUGACGACGGCGACGACGAUUAUGAAGAUGCCGAUGACAAAGUCGACGCAGCUGACGGUGGUGAUGGUGCACACGAUGGUGAUGAUGACGAACAACAAACUCAUGCUGGCGGGCAUGAUGAGAGUCACGACCGCGAUGGUGAUCAGCAUACGGAGGCAGAGGAGCAAGAAAACGCCGCGGUUGAACAUGAAGAAGGGGAGCAGCCAGAGCAAGCUGAUGCGCUGAGCGUUGAUAACGGUCACUCAACUGCGCACAUCUCGGAAGCUGGCCAGGCUGCUGUACGAUCUUCAAGUCCACCAACACUUGCACCUGCGCCACCAUCGGCCGAAGACAGUGUUUCGCCCACCGAACAAACUCCAUCAACGCAUGACGCCGAGCAAACAAACUCACGCACCCGCACCCGCACCCGCUCCAGCACAACAUCGUCUCGGCGGCGGCGACAACGGCAGCAGUCGAGCAACGACGGCGAUUCGCCGCUGCACGUGUGGCAGACAGCCGACGCCCCGGGCCAGCGGCAGCGGGAGGUGCUGAUCACGAGUCCGCUGGAGGCGACGCAGAGCCGUGACCUGACAGGCAUCCUCGCCCUCAGCUUUCCUCUGCGUGAGCGCGAUGUGCACGGGCUCUUCAAGGACUGGCGGGGCAUUCGCAUCCUCGUGGAGACGGCCGUCGCUUCGCUUGUGCCAAGCAACUCCCACUGCUCGUUCCUUGUUCUGGACCACGUUGUUGGCAGCAUCUCCAGCGUGCUGGCGUCGCGGUACAUGUUUGCUGAUCUGCUGUUCAGCCUCGCCGCCACCAACGUCGUCGGCGUGACCUUUGCAGACCAGGCAUUCCUCUCCUCGCUCGGCUCUGAGCGCCGCUGCGCGCUGGUUGUGCACGUGGGCGAAACGUACACACAGGUGGUGCCUGUUGUCCGCAGCAGCGAGGGGGCUGCGAGUCUACCAGAGCCGCUGCUGUACGCGGCAGAGACAAGCACGCGCGCUGGCGGAUAUGUAACGACGGUGCUGGAGGAUGAGCUGCGGUACCAGGCGCAGGUGUUUGAGGAAUGCACAGAGGAGCCAUUUGACAGCUACAAGACACGCGUGAUUGUGGACGACAUCAAGCAGCAGUGCUGUUUUGUCUCUGUCGACUACCAGGGCGACCUGCAGUCGUGCGGCCAGAGCGCAGCGCUGGAGGAGACGUACACCCUCCCCAACGGCAGCACGCUUGCCCUGGGCGCUGAGCGGUUCCGAUGCUAUGAACCGCUGUUCCAAAGCGACGACGCCGCUGCGCUCCCGGCCAUUGUCAAGCGUUGCCUUGAUCGCGCACCAGCACAGUUUCAGGAGGAGCUGGCAGCCAACAUUGUCAGCUACAAGACACGCGUGAUUGUGGACGACAUCAAGCAGCAGUGCUGUUUUGUCUCUGUCGACUACCAGGGCGACCUGCAGUCGUGCGGCCAGAGCGCAGCGCUGGAGGAGACGUACACCCUCCCCAACGGCAGCACGCUUGCCCUGGGCGCUGAGCGGUUCCGAUGCUAUGAACCGCUGUUCCAAAGCGACGACGCCGCUGCGCUCCCGGCCAUUGUCAAGCGUUGCCUUGAUCGCGCACCAGCACAGUUUCAGGAGGAGCUGGCAGCCAACAUUGUCCUGAGCGGCGGCACGACACACGCGCAGAACUUUAAGCGGCGCCUGUUCAUGGAGCUGCAGUGCCUCGCAGGCGUUGCGUCGCAUGUUGAUAUUGUUCGCACGGAGGACCACCAGCUCCUGCCGUGGUUUGGUGGCGGCAUCGUCGCUUCUCAGGUCGACACGAUGAGCCAACACCUCAUCUCCCGCAACGACUUUGAGCAGGCGCUUAACGACGACCACCGAGGUGGGAUGGCACGGCUGCUGCUGCUUCCCAAGCGCUCCCCGCACACAUCCCCACGACUGCGGCGUCGCGUGUCCUCCUCUGUGUUUUCGUCGCUGCUCGAACAGCCCGCGCUCUUUAACAUGGACCUCGUCAACAUCAACGGCAGAGCCCACAUCACGUCGUCGGAGCCCGUGAACCUGCGGCUGAAGACAACGCAGAGCGCGCUGGAGGAGGUGCGGCAGCAGCUGCAGCACUUACAGGCUGUGGAGGAGGACCUCAUGCACGAGGUCCUCAACCUCUCCGCAGACACAGACCAGGGCCUGGCGCUGGCGCAGCCGACGGCGCGUGCUGACGAUACCACUGGCGCUCGUAUUGCAGCGGAGGCAGUGGGUGUUGAUACAUCACUGGAUGGCGACAAGGGGAAGGAGAGACAGGAGCCGCAGGAAAAGCAGAAAGCGCAUCCAGAUAUCGAUGCAGAGGUCGCCCCAACAGCCUCGACAGUGGAAAAGCCACCGCCACCGUCGUCGCAGUUAACAGCAACAGCAACAGCACAAGCACAACCGCAGAGCGACAAGGGCGGUGUGGCGUUGUGGACGAACAGCGACGUGUGCAAGUGGCUGCAAGGAAAUGGGCUGGGCUUGCUCGUGCCAUUUACAAAGCGACACCAGCUCGAUGGCAAGCAGCUGCUGUCACUCACACCGCAGCAGCUGGCGAACCUUGGCAUGCGCGAUGUGUCAUUUGCAUGUGUUGCUGUCCGCAAGAUUGACAGGCUGCGCGAGAGCACAGUGAAUUGA